AUGACAACGUAUCCGCGCUUCAUCACGACUGAGCAACUCACCAACAUAUUCGCCAAUGAAACGCCCCACCUUGACAUCUUCAAGCGUGAUGAUGCCGACGCCUUUGCCUCCGCAGUCGACCACCGCGGUCACAAGUGUCGAUCCAAGCUGCAAUUGUCGAUUGGAGCAGUGCUCGCCGCACGGACACAACUCGACAACGCAUUCGAAUCGCAUUUGUCGUGA